UUUAUCGCUGCCUGCGCAAGGUUUCUCCUAUUAGGCGCGCCAGGGUACUCUGCGGCUCCGGGACGAGGGCGGGGCCACGCUAGUGGUUCCGGUUCGGCUCCAGCCGCCCCUCGGCUCCUAGCCUUCCCCCUCCCCUCCGCCUUCUCCCCUCCCUCCCGCUCCUGGGAAAGAGAGAAACCACCGCUGCGGGUGGGUAGAGAAGCCCUCCGCGCCUCGGGGAGGGGACCGGGCCCGCCUCAUUUGCGCCUUGCAGCACUGCUGGAUCAGGUUACAAGAUGUUCAACUAAGCCUGAGACCUAGUGACUACAUUUCAUACGGGAACAAAUCAAUGGUUUUUCAUCUCCCGGAGAUACAUUAGAAACAAAUAUGGUGCUAAAAGAACUCCUUACCUUUCUCUGACUACAAUUUAUUUGGACAUACUUUUGUAUUGAAGAGAGGUAUACACACUGAAGCUACUUGCUGUACGGAGACUUUGUCCUGUAGGAUCAUGGACCAUCCUAGUAGGGAAAAGGAUGAAAGACAACGGACAACUAAACCCAUGGCACAAAGGAGUGCACACUGCUCUCGACCAUCUGGCUCCUCGUCAUCCUCUGGGGUUCUUAUGGUGGGACCCAACUUCAGGGUUGGCAAGAAGAUAGGGUGUGGGAACUUCGGAGAGCUCAGAUUAGGUAAAAAUCUCUACACCAAUGAAUAUGUAGCAAUCAAACUGGAACCAAUAAAAUCACGUGCUCCACAGCUUCAUUUAGAGUACAGAUUUUAUAAACAGCUUGGCAGUGCAGGUGAAGGUCUCCCACAGGUGUAUUACUUUGGACCAUGUGGGAAAUAUAAUGCCAUGGUGCUGGAGCUCCUUGGCCCUAGCUUGGAGGACUUGUUUGAUCUCUGUGACCGAACAUUUACUUUGAAGACGGUGUUAAUGAUAGCCAUUCAGUUGCUUUCUCGAAUGGAAUAUGUACACUCAAAGAACCUCAUUUACCGAGAUGUCAAGCCAGAGAACUUCCUGAUUGGUCGACAAGGCAAUAAGAAAGAACAUGUUAUACACAUUAUAGACUUUGGACUGGCCAAGGAAUACAUUGACCCCGAAACCAAAAAACACAUACCUUAUAGGGAACACAAAAGUUUAACUGGAACUGCAAGAUAUAUGUCUAUCAACACGCAUCUUGGCAAAGAGCAAAGCCGGAGAGAUGAUUUGGAAGCCCUAGGCCAUAUGUUCAUGUAUUUCCUUCGAGGCAGCCUUCCCUGGCAAGGACUCAAGGCUGACACGUUAAAAGAGAGAUAUCAAAAAAUUGGUGACACCAAAAGGAAUACUCCCAUUGAAGCUCUCUGUGAAAACUUUCCAGAGGAGAUGGCAACCUACCUUCGAUAUGUCAGACGAUUGGACUUCUUUGAAAAACCUGAUUAUGAGUAUUUACGGACCCUCUUCACAGACCUCUUUGAAAAGAAAGGCUACACCUUUGACUAUGCCUAUGAUUGGGUUGGGAGACCUAUUCCUACUCCAGUAGGGUCAGUUCACGUAGAUUCUGGUGCAUCUGCAAUAACUCGAGAAAGCCACACACACAGGGAUCGGCCAUCACAACAGCAGCCUCUUCGAAAUCAGAAUACAUCAUCAGAGCGCCGAGGAGAAUGGGAAAUUCAGCCCAGCCGGCAGACCAAUACCUCAUACCUGACGUCUCACUUGGCUGCAGACCGCCAUGGGGGAUCAGUGCAGGUGGUUAGCUCAACCAAUGGAGAGCUGAAUGUCGAUGAUCCCACAGGAGCCCACUCCAAUGCACCAAUCACAGCUCAUGCCGAGGUGGAGGUAGUGGAGGAAGCUAACUGCCUGAAAAUGCUCAACCUGUGGUGCUGCUGUUUCUUUAAGAGGAAAAGGAAGAAGACUGCUCAGCGCCACAAGUGACCAGUGCCUCCCAGGAGUCCUCAGGCCCUGGGGACUCUGACUCAAUUGUACCUGCAGCUCCUGCCAUUUCUCAUUGGAAGGGACUCCUCUUUGGGGGAGGGUGGAUAUCCAAACCAAAAAGAAGAAAACAGAUGCCCCCAGAAGGAGCCAGUGUGGGCAGCCAGGGCCUAGUGGGUCAUUGGCCAUCCCCGCCUGCCUAAGGCUCUGAGCAGGUCCCAGAGCUGCUGUUCCUCCACUGCUUGCCCAUAGGGCUGCCUGGUUGACUCUCCUUCCCAUUGUUUACAGUGAAGGUGUCAUUCACAAAAACUCAAGGACUACUAUUCUCCUUCCUCCCCUUAGUUUACUCCUGGUUUUUACCCCACCCUCAACCCUCUCCAGCAUAAAACCUAGUGAGCUAAAGACUUUAUUUGCAGAAGGAGAUCAAGAGGCUGGGGGUAAGGCCAAGAAGGUAGGAGGAAAAUGGAGACCUGGGCUGGAGAAGAACCUUCUCUGUGUCCCAGGUGUGCCUGGCAGUAUGGUUUCCUCUUCCUCUGUGCCUGUGCAGCAUUCAUCCCAGCUGGCCAUGGGGUUCAGGUUCCUUCUUCCCUCCCUCCUGUGAAGUUACACUGUAGGACACAAGCUGUGAGCAAUCUGCAGUCUACUGUCCCUGUGUGUUGGCGUUCUUAGCUUUUUUGACAAACUCUUUUUUCCAGGCGGUAGUAGGACAAUGAAAAUUGUUCUGAGCAAAGGAAAGAAAACUGACUUUGUUGCACUUUUAGUUUUUUUUUAAAAAAACAAAAACAAAAACAUGGCAGAUGCAUAUUGUGUCUGGUUAUAUUGGGGGUUUCACUUUUACCUGUUUUGAGGGGGAUGGGGCCAGCCAAGCCAUUCAGAGAGAACAUGGGUCCAGAGGACAUUCUCAGUGGAAAGAGUUUGAUCUGCACCACCCAGAAGAGAAGCCAAACUCGGUGUCAUUCUGAGUGAACACUCAGGUUGGCAAGAAAACAUACUUGAAUUUUCAUUCAUCUUCUCAGCAGCUGAAGAAUGUCCCUACCAGAGCAUCUUGACCUAAUCAGCUUACAGUUUGAAAACCUAGCUCUCCAGCACAUGAGAUGAGCCAGCCGAACCAGACUGUGACCAAGAAACAGCUCAUUCCAGAGAAGGAGAUGCUUAACAAAAAAAAAAUAAUAAUAAUGAAAUUGUUUCUUCUGCUGCCAGGGACUUCCAACUAGAUAGCCAUGUGAUUUCCUGGUGACUUGGGGGACAAAUUAGUGAUGAAACAGCCACCACCAUAUUGCCAUUAGUGGAAAAAAAGAGGAGGACAGUGAACCUACCUUCCACCUGCCAGAGGGACCUCGGGGUGUGGCAUUAUAGGGCCAGGAAAAGAAAAUCAGUGUAUCCUAUCUCCCCCAAUAGCUGAGCUGUAGCAUUUGGGCUGGCCUGCCUUAUCAGAAACCAGGCUUAUGAAUAUCUCCCAGCAGGUCCGUAGCAGUAAGCUUAGGAUGCAGUAUAUGGGGCUGCAUUUAAAAGGAGGGAAAGAUUGAUUGGUGCUGGAAUAUUCCAGGGAAAAGGAAACUGGAGUGAAAGGUCUGAAAUUAUCUUCUCAACUGGACACAGACUCCUUCCAGAAAGGUGGCCAUGCCUCUAAGCAUGUUUUCCCCAGUAUGCCCUCGGCCUCCCCCCGUGGUGUUUUCAUAGGAGGUACUACUGUGAAGGAUCUUGGUUCCCCAUUCACUGUUUGACAAGUCUUUCAUGUGGGAAGUUACUCUUCUCAUACCCAAUUUUCAUUUGAGUUUAGUAGCUUAACCAAACAAUGACUGCCCAUUCCAGAGGUGACAGAAGAGAAAGGGUCAUUUACAUCAGGAAAGAGGUCUUGUAUCUGGGAGUAGAGAGCCAACCAUGGAGCACAGUGGCUGGUGGGUGACUUAGUCUGAUGGUUUGUGGAGCAUAGAAGUCUUCGCCUCUAGCUUGAGGUGUAGGGCUAUCUUUUGGACUGGAGGGUGUGGGGAUAUUUUCUGGUAGUUGCCAUUUCUUGAAAAAUUCCCUUGAUGUACCUUGCACAGAGCAGAAAUAGCAUUAACAGUAUCAGAGGUACUGGGCUUCAUCUGUUCCGUUGGAUCUUGGCUAGGGAAUAUUAUUUCACUUGCAUCAAACCUGCUUAGCUUAUGGAAAGAUGGUAAUAUGUCAUUUCUAUAAAUGUUUCUAUAUAUGGAACAUAGAGUGGCAGGGAGAUGCAGUAUCACACCCCUUCCCCACAAGGACUGUGAAUAUUGGGAUUUAUGUCCUUGCCAUUACCUAGUGGUUACAGCCAUGUCACUAAGAUUUACAUCAUUUCUCAGUUGGGAUUUCGGCAAUGCUAACUUACUGUAUAGAAAGUUUAACUUUUCCUCACCCCUGUAUAGAAAAUGCCUUGCCUCUCAAGAGAGGGCAGAAGGGGGCCAGGCGCAGUGGCUCAUGCCUGUAAUCCCAGCGCUUUGGGAGGCCGAGGUGAGUGGAUCACAUGAGGUCAGGAGUUCGAGACCAGCCUGGCCAACGUGGUGAAACCCCAUCUCUACAAAAAAUACAAAAAUUAGUCGGGCGUGGUGGCAUGCACCCGUAGUCCCAGCUACUCGGGAGGCUGAGGGAGGAGAAUCACUUGAGCCUGGGAGGCAGAAGUUGCAGUGAGCCAAGAUUGCGCCACUGCACUCCAGCCUGGGCAACAGAGUGAGACUCUGUCUUAAAAAAAAAAAGAAAAAAGAAAAGGGCAGAGGGAAAUGUUGGCAAUGCCUGGAGCAUCCUGGCACUCUAUACCCUACUGAGUGCCUCCCUUCAGCCCCUCACCCUGCUUCCACACACACAAAAGCAAAGGCAGUGACCAGCUUGGCUUAAGGCAAGCUUCCUUGCAGCUGGAUUUGCGACUUUUUUUUUUUUUGUCUUAAAAUUUUUACUGGAUCAGUUGUAGGGGAGUGUCUUUCCUAAUAUACUGUUCUCACCUUCCAACCUCCACAAAUCUCUUACUAGAUACUUGGUUUUCAUAGCAAAGGUAAAGAAUCCCAGGUCCCUUUAGCAUGCAGGGUAAUGGUGAUCCCUCUAGGGCCAUUGGCACUUCAAAGUGGUCCCAGACCUGGGAGAUUCUGAUGUGAUCUUCCUUAAAAUUAAGCAAAAAACCUGAGUACCCUAGACGCAAUUGGCCAUCGCUUCAGCCCUCAACACAUCAGGGCUCCCUCCUCGGCCCUAUUGCUACAGUUGCUUAGCUGUAUGCCUCAGCGAGAUCCUUGGGGUUAGGGCAUGCACUCGCUGACUGUCCCCACCCAUCCACUUGCUCUGUAGUUUCUGAGCUUUCUCCAUUUCACAACUAUGGUGCCUCAGGAUCUUUUUAUUUGGGAUUGAUGCAAUUGUUUUUCCUGAAAACUAACUCAGCAUCUGUUCAUAAAAACCCUUAAUAUUAUACAUUAGGAGUUUUCCCAAGCUCUACAGUCCCUCAGACAUUGCAUCCUAAACAGAUUGAGGCACACAGGCCAAGACUCCACCAAGGCAUAAAUGGUCUCCCCUACUCCCUUUUGACCAGGGUAUCACUUGUGUCUUUGCAGUAAGAGUUGGUCAAGUUGCUCUAUGCACCUUGGCGCUUUCCCCAGAUCUCAGUCCAGACUGCCCCCAAGGGUGGAGAGAGCAUCCUGACAGCCAGUUUGCACUCAUGACUGCCUUAACAUUCUUCUGCUAUUAUGGGGCCUGUCUGGCAAUAAACAGGGUCUAGGAAGGUACAAGGUUAGCUUCCAGUUAAAAUCCCAUUUUACAUUGGAAUGCAUGAGCUACAGAUGACAGCAGAAAUCCUGAGGUUUCUAGAAGUGUUGAUUGUUUCUUUUUUCUAAAUGAACUCCAAGUACUUAGAAAACAAUCCCUGCCUAUUAGCCAGUAAAGGUGACCAUCACCCCUAAAGUAAUUUCCAAACUUAGUGCAGUGGAAAGAUAUGCUGGUAGUGCAUAUUCAGUGUUGAUUUUCAGUGCUAGUAACCACUUUCAGUGCCAGAAAUACGUAACAAUGAUAAUGUAAUGUCAAAGUGGUUACUAAAGAUUAUAGCCUUGGCCGGGCGCGGUGGCUCAUGCCUGUAAUCCCAGCACUUUGGGAGGCUGAGGCGGACAGAUCACGAGGUCAGGAGAUCGAGAUCAUCUUGGCUAACACAUUGAAACCCCAAAACCCUGCCUCUACUAAAAAUACAAAAAAAAAAAAAUAGCUGGGCGUGGUGGCAGGCGCCUGUAGUCCCAGCUACUCGGGAGGCUGAGGCAGGAGAAUGGUGUGAACCCGGGAGGCGGAGCUUGCAGUGAGCUGAGAUCUCGCCACUGCACUCUAGCCUGGGUGACAGAGCAAGACUCCGUCUCAAAAAAAAAAAAAAAAAAAAAAAAAAAAAAAAAAAAGAUUAUAGCCUUAACUUUUUUAUGUAAAAGAUAAAAUCCAUUCCUCCUCCCAGUGAGCAAGCAUGGCUUGCAUUUCUCAAAAAUGAGAACUUCCAUGGCAGCCAAGAAAACGUCUUCUCAGAGGAGCUUUUGUUUGAUGCAUCUCCCAAGCCCACAUGCCUCCUGUGUCCCAGCCACCUCUUCCAUUUUCACAUUUAAACCAGCUCUCCAUUCCCAUUGAGUUGCCCUAACAACAUUGUCUCCAGUGUCAGAACCGCAUUAGGGUUCGUUUCUCAGAUUGGGAGCCUGCAACACCAUACAGCCAACAUUGCCUUUGCCACGCCACUGCCACCAUCCCCAGUAUUGCCCUAUCGUGGGCAGAUGAAUUCUAGAAACCCUCAGGGAGCCAGGGCAAUUAGGCACCCCAUCUGAAUUGACCACGUGAGUGACAGGCACUUAUCUCUCGGGUUCUUGCUUUUGCAGACUGCAGGGAAGUCCUAUCUAGAGGUCGAUGGCAGAGACUCCUAGUCUUUCCCAUGAGGGGUUGACAGGAAUCAAAUAGGGAUUCCUUUGGCUUGGGGUUUUGGUGUUUUUUGUUUUUUUCAAUUUGUUUUUUGGUGUAUGGGGGGUGAUUUUGUUUCUGAAUAAGAAAAAGAAGAGGCAACCAUGGCCCUUAACGUGGGUUUAUAAAGUUUUGAGCAGUGUUUUAGCCACAAGUAAGGAAUCUUGAAAGUCUUUUAUCCAGCAAGCAGUCUUAAAAAUGUUUUUCCUAACUGCUUUUGCAGGUGACUAAGUACAAAAAAAAAAAAAAUAGGUUUCUCAUUGUAUUCGGAAUAGUGAGUAGGUUCCCUGGAUAAUACACAAUGGUAGUUGACAUGUUCUCAAAACACAACCAGAAAACCCACUUCCAGUAUUUGUAAAUCACCUUUCAAAGGAAGAAGUGAACAUGUAUUCCAUGUAUUUCUAGUUUGAUUACCAAACUUGAUGUUACAAAGAAACCUCAGUUCUGUAGACAGAAUUUCUUUUAUUUUUCUUCUUUUACUCCUCACAAUCACUUUCCCGGUGCCAUCACCACCUUUAAGGUCUCACAGCAGAGCAUUAUUCACGGUAAUAAGUGGGGGUGCGGUGCAGCCAUUCCAGUAACACCCACAAGAGGACAGCUGUUCUGAAUGUCCCCACCCACCCUCCUUUCAGUACAGGUGAAACAUUUUCAGUUCAUGAGCUCCAGACCAAAUCCCAGGCCGGCCCUUGCACCAAAAGCCUUUUUUAGAAGGCUUAUCAGUCUAUUAGGAAUGUCUCAGGAAAGAUGAGCCAUUUCUUUGGGGAGAAAUAUAUUUACAGAUGGAAGUGUGUGAUUGCGUGUCUGUGUGUGUGUGGUGUGUGUGCGCACGUUGAGUGCGUGCGUUCAUCUAUGUGCAUUUCACUUCCAUAAAGAUCCAGCCCAAGCUGCUCGGAACCAUGUGUUCCUGAGUAUUCUCAGAGGUAAACAAGUGACAAGUGAGCUUCUGAAAUUAGUGUCUCAGCAAGCUGGCUUUAGGAAUGAGCCCUAUUUAUCAAGCAGAGAAAAAUAACAGCAGAAAAGAUAAAGAUAAACCAAAAAUAUAUACCCCCAAUGGAAAAUAAUGUUGAUUCAGCAAUUCCCAUCGGAUGUAUUACAUGCUCUAAUUUAUUAUAUUAUUAUUUGUCUGUCUUUGAUCUUUGCCCAUUGUACUCUUAAAAAGAUGUUGGGAUGUUGAUUGCGAUUUUUAAACAACUUGAUAAUGUAUAAAUCAGCUGUGGAAAUCAGUUUUAAUGUGUGGAUGUGUCUGAUUAUUGUUAAAUGCCUCUUUUUUUACUUUUUUUUUUUUUUAGAUGUAUAAUGUUUCAUAAACCCUGGCACUGGUCACAAAGCUCAGCUGUGAAAAUGAAAUUUGUAGUAUUUUUAAACAUGAAUGUCAAUUUCAAGUGUAUUUGAAAUGGUUCCUGCAGGAGAGAUACUUGUGCACCAUUAGGAAAAUCUUCUCUGCAGAGGAAGUAGCCUUUGGAGAAAAUGGAAAAUGGGUUCUGAUAUGUUAUCUCAGAGUAGCCCAUUUCCUAGGGCACCAUGGAAAACACAAAUGUGAUAUUUAAGUAUACCUCUUCCCCAAUUUGGGGAGGAAAGGACUCAGUUUGCACCCUUUUUGUAUGUAAAAUAAAAUGUCUUACCUUUCUUGGCUA